AUGCUUAUAAUCAUUCGGGUAUCGGAUCUUUUCCGUCAAGCAUACCUCAGACAUGAUGAUGUACGACCGCCUCAAAGCGGAAAACAAUCAUUCACGGUCGAUCCUGCUGAGGGAUUUCUUAAAUAUGAUCGUGAUAUUUCUCGCGACAAACGCUACUCCAAUCCUCAGAAACCCGGUGAUACGCCAAUGCGAUUCUUGGUCCGUAAACUACAUCAUGCGUACGAAGUAUACCCAAUCCUUUUCCUUGGUGGCGUGUGGUUCGUCCUGUUUUGCUACGUCUCAUAUUAUUCCUUCACUAAAGCGGAAAUCUGGAUCGACCGUAGCAAAAGUGUAGCACCCUUGGAUUGGGAGAGGAUCCGUAGUGACUACUGGAAAAAGCCAACGCUUCUGUUUGACAAAGAAGGAGUGACGCACACCCGCUUGGAGAUUAUGGAGAAGCUACAAGAUGAAAUGCUGGCGGCAGCCAAGGCUCGUGGAACCCGUUAA